CAUUUUCUCCUCUUUUCCCUGGGAAACUUUUUCUCGAGAAAAUCACUGUCAAUCUGCGAGGGCGCGAGCGCUAGACCCUGAAGAUCGCCAUGGGAGACUCUCAUCAACCUCGUCGUCUCUCUGUCCAUCAAGCCCUUGGUGGUGGCUGUGUUGCUGAUUUGCUUCUGUGGAAGAAAUGGACCAGAGGAGUUACGUUUCUAGUCAGUGCCACCGCGCUUUGGUUCAUCUUCGAGAGAGCCGGUUACAAUGUCCUCUCGUUUGUGGCCACUGUGCUGUUGCUUCUUGUUGCAAUCCUCUUCUUGUGGGCUAAAUCGGCAUCUCUUCUUAACCGAGCAUUGCCUCCUCUUCCUGACUUGAAGAUUUCUGAACAAGCAGUUGUUAAAAUUGCGAAUGUGAUGCGAGAGUGGGUGAACUACACAUUGUCUAUCGCAUAUGACCUAACAGUUGGUCGAAACUUGAAACUGUUCCUUCAGGUAGCUCUUGGCUUAUGGUUAAUCUCUUACAUUGGCAGUCUCUUCAACUUCGUUACUUUGGUUUAUAUUGGGGUCAUUCUUUCUCUGACAGUUCCCCUUUUGUAUGACAAAUACCAAGAGAUUAUUGAUGAAAAAUUGCAUAUAGCUCAUAAAGCUAUUCAAGCACUGUCACUGCGAAUUGAUAAGGUCUUGAGCAAGAUUCCUUUGGCUUCAAACAAGGAAAAGAAGAUUCAAUAGAAUUUGCAAUCAUCGCAGGCUCAUUUUUUUUUUACUCGACUUUGAAAUAUGUGCGAAGAUUUACUUCUGCUGCAGGUCGGCCAAUAUAAAAACGGGAUUGGAGGAUUGUAAAGGGCUUGUUGACAUAGGAAGAAUUGGCCUUUUAUUGAUCUAUGAUGAAGCUGGACAGUAGAGCAAUGGUAAAUAUUCUGACCGGAAAUUAGUAGCAUGGUGUGCCAGUGCUGGAAUGACAGCAUUAGGUUUUAGAUCUCGUAAUUCUAGGUUUUUCGAUCUGCAUUGUUUCACUUCCCCAUUGUGAAAAGCCAUGGACUCAUUUCCUGCUUUGCUGAUUUUACCCUCACCUCAGUAGUAGUCAACGCCUCUCUUUUGGGGUAGGAAAGUCAUAGGAGACAACUUUGCCUUUUCUUAUUUUAACUCAAAAAUAGGAAUGGAGCUUCUUCUGGCCAUAUUCACUCUGUUUGUGGGUGGUCUUUCUGAUAAUGCUGUUGCUAUAGUGCAAGGCCUUUUCUGAUAUCUAUAGAAGUCUAUGGUUCCUAUGUAUGAAGUUUUGAACAAGUUUUUA